GAAUUUCAAAUUUGUGUGUAUUAUUUAUAUAUAUCAAAUCAUAAAAAAGGUGAAAAACAACAUAAAACUAAAAAAUCAAAUAUAGUAUAGUUUAGAGUUAUCAUUAAAAAUAUUUAUCAAUAAAGUAAGUCUAACUAAUUAAAUAUGAACGCUCCUAUAACUAUUAGUCAUAGCAGUAAAUAAUUCGCAACAGCUGGGUACGAUAGCUAAAAUUUUGAUAUUCAAUAAUAAAGCGAUAAUGAGUAGAAAUAGCAAUAAAUACUUUAAUAAUAGUGCUGUGCUUUCUGUAAAAGGGUGGCAAUUAAGCCUAUCAGCUUGAUUUGCAAUCAUUUUCUAUGUUUAGAAUGUGGGAAUUUCAUAAAAGAAUAAGAAUAGGAAAGUGGGGUAUAACCAAAAUACAGAGUUUCUUGUCCUGUUUGCUCAUCAAAUACAGUGACUUAUAAUGUUAAAAAUCUUUUGGUACAGCAUUUUAAUGAAAAAACAGGAAAUGAAGUCCCUUUGAAAAUUCUAUCAGUUCAAGCAUCACCAGGCUCAAAGAUAAAUUUAAGGAAAAGCAGUUUAACUUAACAGUAAUAAAUGGUUAAUGGAAAUAAAUCAAGGGAUCCCUCUAUCACUUAAGAAUCGUGCUAUAAUGUAAAAACUACAUAAGAUACUAAUAAUAUCAAGUAUUAAUAUUAGAAUAAUAAAUCUAUGAAUUCUUUGGAAUACUAAAGUCAAACUUAAAGACUCUCAUAAAGUUUUAGUAAAUAAAAUAAUUUAAAUUAAUAAACAGAUAAAACACUCGCCUUGAGUACAUCUCAAUCUGCCAUAAGAAAUUAAAGCUUAGGAACUCCUUUUAGCACAAAUAAAAAUGGUAGCUGUAUUCCUCUCUAAAAUUCUCCUUAAAAUUGCAAUAAUUAUACUUAUUAGAGUCAAAAUAAUAAUUUUUCUGAACCUUAAUUUUUUACAAAUGAAUAUAAUAAUAAUAAUAUUUUAUUAAGAAGAAAUAGCAGUAGCAAUGUGAAUAAUUAUGUUAACUGCCUCAAUAACAUGUUUAGUAAUUCAAAUAAUAACUUAGGAUAAUCAAUAUAAAAUAAUUAUAUCAAUGACUAUAGAAAAUAAGUACCUUUGUAGAACUAAGCUUAAUCAAAAUAAAUAUAAUAAGACUAUUAGAAUAGUUAAAGUGGAAUGAACGUAGACAUAAAGAAACAAAAUAUUUAGUAAUAUUCUGAUCAAUUAAAGUGUUAAUAGCAUAAUGAUCAAUAUACUUUGUUCUGUUUAUCAGAUAAGUCCUUACUUUGCAUUGAGUGUCUUUAUUCUUAAAAAACUCAUAAGAAUCACAAUAUCAUACCUCUCAAGAAUGCUGCAUAAAUAUUAAAAAAAGAAAAUGAAGAAUUCAAGAAUUAAUCAGAAAUAUACUUAAAGAAGUUAGAAGAUUCAAUACAAAUUUCUAAAUAGAAUUAAAUUACUCUUGACAGAGAAUACUAAAAAUGCAACUAAAAAGUAAAUGAGAUAUUUGAUAGCAUGAUAGCUACCGUUAAUGCGAGGAGAGAUAAACUGUUAGAAAAUCUUUAACAUAGCUACUAAAUCCACUUAAAUGAUGUAGGAAAUUAGUAUUGUGAAUUAGAAAAUAUUAAAAAUAUUUUAGAAGAAUACAGAAAUUUUGAUGAGUAGAUAGCUGAAAAUUCUUAUAGGGAAUCAUACAUUUUUAGUGCUUUCAAGAUGAUUUAAUAAACUCUUCAGCAAACAAAUUUAGAUUAGAAACCGAUAAAAGUCAAUUUUAACAUCACGCAAAUAGAGAAUAGUCAUAAACAGCUUUUUAACAAACUCAUUGAGAAAAUUGUAUAACUUUAAAGUACAAAACCUGAAGAGCGCUUAAACCAAACAAGAUAAAGCAAAAAUAUUGAAUAAAAUUCAUAAUUGACCUCAAAUUAAACUUCCUCAACAAAGCAAAAUAAUAGCUCAAAUUAUUCAGCAUAUGCUCCACCUUCUCAAAAUAGUAUUACUAAAGAUACAACACCUAAAAACUAUCAUCAAACCAAUAAUAAUAUUUAAAAAAGAAAUAUUCAAAUCAACUAAAACAAUAGUUAGUCUAUAACAAAUUCUGCUACAUCUUCUCACAAUGGAACUCAGAGAGGUAGCAAUAGUAAAUAAAAGGGAUACACAACUACCAGUUAUUCUGAAAAAGUUUAAAAGAGGCUUAGCACUUAAGCUAGCUCAAAAGUAUCAUAUAAAAAUAUUAAAAGAAAAUUAUCCACAGAUUUUAAUACAAUGAAUACGAAUAACUCAAAAGAAAAUAUUCAUGUUUACCCUUAAUAUUAAUAGUAAAUAAAACAUCACAACUAUGACAAUAUUAAAAGGAGGUCUAAUAGCAUUGCUGAAGACGCUAUUAAAUAUCAAUAAGUAAAAUUAACUUAGGAAAUUCAGCAAAGCUACGAUUUGAAUUUAAAGUAAUAGACAAGACAAUCCUUAAAAUAGAUAAAAAAUGAUUUCGAAAAUCAAGGUAAUAAUGUAGGUGGUGGUGGUGUUGGUAACUAUUAUUAUGGAAAUGUGUUUCUCUAAGAAAAUUAUAGUUAAAAUAAUUAUUAAACAAUUGCAAAAGAUACAACUGUAAAUACAACAAAUUUAAGCUUAAAUCGAUCCCCCUUUAAAGAAUAUAUUAUUAACUGA